GAUCGUGGCCAGAGCGUGGCCGCGCUGACGGCCUGGACGGUCUGGACGGGCACGGCUGUGCUCCGCGUCGAGUGUCGUCUGCAAGUGACGUCUGCAAGUGACGUCUGCAAGUGACGUCUACAAGUGACGUCUACAAGUGACGACAACCUGUCGUAGUGUCUACGUUCACCAUGGCGCCCGCCAAGGGCCUGAGCGACGACCAGCGCUUCGCGCUCAUCAAGUUCCGGCGCAGCAUGGCCGACGUGCUGCAGCCCCACCACGACGACCACUACCUGCUGCGCUGGCUGCGAGCUCGGAACUGGGACGCGGCCGCGGCCGAGAAGAUGAUGCGAGAUUCCCUGCGAUGGCGGGAGAAGUACCAGGUGGACGCCCUGCUGGAGUGGCAGCCGCCCGAAGUGCUGGACAAGUACUACCCGAGCGGGCUGUCGGGCUACGACGCGGAGGGGUCGCCCGUGGUCGUGGUGCCGUUCGCCGGCCUCGACAUCUUCGGCAUCCUCAACUCCGUAUCCAAGCGCGAGUUCAUCCAGAUGACGGUGAAGCAGAUGGAGACCUACUUGUUCCUGGGCAGGCAGCAGGCCAAGCAGCACGGCGAGGGCGCCCUCGGCGUCGUCACCAUCAUCGACAUGGCCAACUUCAACCUGCGCCAGUGGGCCUGGAGACCAGCCGGUGAUGUCGUCGUUAGUCUACUGCAAAUGUAUGAAGCAAACUACCCGGAGAUCCUGAAGAACUGCUAUAUCAUUAACGCUCCGCGAGUGUUCUCCAUCGCCUGGUCGGUGGUCAAGAACUUCCUCAACGACUACACCCAGAGCAAGAUCCACAUCUACAAGGCGGACCCGGCCAAGUGGCAGGCCAGCCUGCUGCAGAACAUCCCCGCGGACCAGCUGCCGCGCUACUUCGGCGGCACCAUGGAGGACGCCUCCGGGGACGCGCACUGCUCCGCCAAGAUCAAGCAGGGCGGGAAAGUGCCCAAGGAGUACUUCCAGAAGCAGGACGUCGAGCGGCGCAACGACCAGAGCACCGUGGAGACGGCCGUCGUCAAGAAGGGCGGCAAGCUCAAGUUGGACUACAUCGCGGCGCAAACCGGCACCUUCCUCAAGUGGGAGUUCCGCACCGAGGGCCACGACAUCCGCUUCUCCGUGACGAUGAAGGACGCGGACGGCAACUGCAGCACGCUGGUGCCGCUCAAGCGCGUCGGCUCCCACGAGGCCGAGGAGGUGGGCUUCAUCACCUGCCCGGCGCCGGGGACGUACACGGUGGUGUUCGACAACACGUACAGCUACCUGCGGAGCAAGAAGCUGCACUACUCCAUCGGCAUGGCCCCGCCGCUGUCGUGCGACGGCGAGGACGGCGACGACGGCGUCGAGGACACGCGCUUCAGGGGCGAGCUCAGCGACGCGCGGCUCGUGCAGACGGCGGGCUGACACCUGGCCACGCUGCUCGCCGUCCUGGCCGUGAUGGCGGCGGGGGCGGCGGGCUGCCGGGCGCGAGGCGGCAGGACCGUCCUCUUCUUCAUGUAGUCACCACAGCCCUCGGUAGAAAACGCCCCGGCGGUACUCCGUGCCCAAGUGACUUUCAAUGCUGGUCUCUUGCGCAAGGGGUACAGACGGGGUCAUUUCGUGUGCGGCUAUUGGUACUCAAUUACCACCAACGAAUCGAGCGAUCGCCACCCCACGCGCGGGAAACUCCUUCAGAAGAGCGCCUUGCACGGGGCGUAGAGGACUCGUUUCGAGUGUCCGUGGUAGUGCUUCCACUCACUCACUUCGUCAAUACCCCACCCCCGAAAGCCCCUCGUGCUGGGAGUAGUGACGAGUCGACUCUUUUGUCGUCGUUGUGAUAGUAACUAACUGUAACUGGGGAGUAGCAAUGCUUACGCGCUUGCAGGGCGUCAUGACGUCAGCGUGACGUCAUCGCGCUCCCAGGCGCAGGGAAGCCCGCAAAGGAGGUCAGUCCCGCCUGCAUGCAGACUGAUUCCGAGGAUCGUUUUCGUCGCUCUGUCUCUCUCGCACCCAUCGGGAACGCCCCUCGCCCCAUGAGUGCGAGAGAGAGAGCGACGAAAACGUCUGAGGGCGCCCUCGCCCUGCGACGCCCUGUGUUAGGGAAUGCCAACGCCAACGGAGUGCAUCGACAUCCGGCCGUUGCAUCGCAGGACUUUUACUUUCGCCUCCAGAGACUUGAACGAGGGAUGCCUGCCACGGGCGCCGCUGGGCUCAUACUCAUCUGUGCUGUUCAGCUUGGGCGAUACGGCUUUCGUUCCUUUUUUGUUGUUGCUCAAAACAAUCGCGAUUGAGUUGAUUUAUGUUUCAAUACGUGUACCUGCAGAGACUGAACUUACAGCCAAAAACAUGACCGUGAGAGUAUCGGCCGCGCGAAGCAUGGAGACAUAUUGUCAUUGUCUCUAUGGAGGCAGGAUGCCGCAUGCCGCCCAGAUUCUGAAUGGUCGGUUCAACAUUGUUUCAGUGGCUAGCGAAUAGAGGCAUUUCCUCUGCCACUUAGAUUAGUGCAAUUUUGUAAGCUUCUACAUGUAAAAUGCGAGUUUCCUUUGGUUUCCUGUUGUGGUGGAGAAAGAGAAAAGACUACUAUUGAUCAGUGAACAUAAUUUUAUUUUUAUGACCGAAAGAGUCACAGACCAGCUCAAUUUCAUAAAGUGAUAAUCAGAGGGAUAAUAAAAUGCUAUAUUCAGUAUUACAUACUUGUACAAAACCAGUGUGUAACUAGACAUAGAUAAAUGUGAUAAUUAAUUAAAAAUACACAUGUAAAAAAACCCUGUAA